AUGAACAUUAGACCCUGGAAGAGAAACACUUUUUAUAUAAUAAGAAAUUUCCACACACAAAUGUCUCAACCAGCAUGGAAUCAGCCUACCCAAAAGGUGGAACGGCCCGUCCUUAAAUUAUUCAACUCUUUGACAAGGACAAAGGUACCUUUUAUUCCCACAAACGCCAAUGAGGUGACGUGGUACAGUUGUGGUCCUACAGUCUACGAUUCCUCCCACAUGGGUCACGCUAGAAACUACGUCACGAUUGAUAUCAAUCGUCGUAUUUUGCAGGACUUUUUUGGUUAUAAUAUCAAGUUUGUUCAGAAUGUCACUGAUAUUGACGACAAGAUUAUACUGAAAGCUAGACAGGAAUAUUUAUUCAAAGAGUUUUCGAAAAAGUAUUCAGAGAUAACCAAUGAGCUGAAGCAGUUUGCGUUAGGGAGCUGGAACAGCUAUGUUGCUAAGAAUCUGACAGAUUUCAAGGGUGAUUCUUCAAACUUUGAAAGUUGGGCUCAAUCCUUAAACAUUGCUGAAAAGGCAGUGGACAAUCCCAAAAUUCCUAUGCAUAUCACUGCUGCAAAAAAGGCACUGAAAACAAGUUCUGAUUUGAAUGAAUAUUUAGAAAAUAUCAAGGAUGUUGUUGUGCCGGAGCUGGAUAAAUUGUAUGGAUCUACCGUGACAGAUCCAGAGAUCUUCAAACAGACUUCUUCCUAUUGGGAACAGAGAUAUGAUGAAGAUAUGGAACGUUUGAACAUUUUACCAGCUACUGUUACGACUAGAGUAUCCGAGUAUGUACCUGAAAUUGUUGAAUUUGUUCAGGGAAUUAUUGAUAGAGGGUAUGCCUACGUUACCAAGGAUGGAUCUGUCUACUUUGACACCACUCAAUUCGACACUAAUGAGAAACACGAUUAUGCCAAGCUUCAGCCUUGGAACAAAGCAGACUUGGAGUUGCUAAAAGAGGGCGAAGGCUCUCUUUCUAGCAAUGAUGGUAAAAGGAACUCUGCUGAUUUUGCUUUGUGGAAAAGUUCCAAACCUGGUGAACCAUCUUGGAAAUCUCCAUGGGGGCAAGGAAGGCCAGGAUGGCAUAUUGAAUGCUCUGUUAUGGCUUCUGACAUUACGGGCGAAUCAAUGGAUAUUCAUUCUGGGGGAAUUGAUUUGGCAUUCCCACACCAUGACAACGAGUUGGCUCAAAGUGAAGCCAGGUUUGAUUGCAAGCAAUGGGUCAACUAUUUCUUGCACACAGGCCAUUUGCACAUUGAAGGCCAGAAGAUGAGUAAGUCGUUGAAGAACUUUAUUACAAUUGAUGAAGCUCUCUCCAAAUAUAGUGCCAGACAGCUUAGAUUAUGUUUUGCCCUUGUUCAAUGGAAUAACCAAUUGGACUUCAAGGAAAGCUUACUGAACGAGGUAAGAUCCAUAGAAGCCACCUUCAAUAAUUUUUUCAACAACGUCAGAGGACUAAACAAUGAUUACAACUCCAAACUGGCAAGUGGUCAAAUUAUCUCCAAGAAAUUUGGGCCUGCGGAGAAGAAUUUGUUGACCAAAUUGUCUGAGGUUCAAGCAAAGGUUUAUAGUUCAUUCUGUGAUAACCUAUCAACUCCACAAGUGGUAAGGUCUUUAUUAGACUUAAUCCAAGAAUCCAAUAAUUACAUCAGUGCUAUUGGGACAGAAAUCCGUGUUCAACCUUUACUCCAAACUGCUUUUUACAUUACCAGGAUAUUGAGUGUUCUUGGAUUUCAGAAUAGACCAGACAACCUUGGAUGGAUCAAUGAGGACCAACAAGAUGGCCAAGGCUCCAAUAGGGAAGACACUGUUUUGCCAUUUGUUCAGGCUUUGAGUUCUUUCCGAGACUUUGUAAGAAAAUCUGCCAUUAGUAAGGAUGAUUACAAGGUCUUUUUGGAUGCCACUGACAAAAUCAGAGACGUUGACUUGCUGAAAUUGGGAGUCGUUCUUGACGAUCGUAAUGGUCAGAAUGCCCUGAUCAAGUUUAUCACUGAAGCUGAAAAGCAAGAACUUAUCAGACAACAGGAGGAGAAGGAGAUCCAAGCUCAAGAGAAAUUACAAAAGAAAUUGCAACAAAUCAAACUAAAAGAGGCAAAGGAGAACGAGAGAAGAGAGAAAGCCAAGCUGUCCCCCCUUGAAAUGUUCAAACAGGGAGAUUACGCUUCCUUGUACACCGCAUGGGAUGACAAUGGUUUACCUAUCAAGGAUGCCCAGGGUAACGAGGUAACGAAAAGCGCACGUAAGAAACUGACGAAGCUUCAGGAUCAGCAAAGGAAACUUCAUGAAGAGUUCAACGGUCAUUAG